UUCACCGUCUGUGCAUAGGUUGUCACCGAGCGUAUCGCCGCCUAUGGCGACUACAAUCACCCCACCCCCUGUGCUCACAUUCAUAAAGCAAGAAACUGAUGACGAAGAACAGCAAAGCAUGACGGAACCACCGGUACCAGUGGUAAAAAACAUUAAACUCGAAGAAACAACGACAGAAGAAAAAGUGCCCGUGCAUUUCAAACUGCAAGAUGAUAGCACUGAUUCUGAAAUGCUAAAACAAAGGUUAGAUAUGUACUGGAAAGGAAUGAUAAAAUACCAGCAAAUGCUUCAAAAAGAACAAUCCAAUAAAUUAAACAACGAAUCCCAAAUACUGGAUUAUCAAAACGCGAGCAAAAAAACUGAUGGGGGGGAAGUUUUAUCAGAAACAAAUAUAUUAGAAAAAGCAAAAAAUGUGGUUCAAAAACUAAUUGAAGACGACCAUACAACAAAAACGACAACUACGAAAGAACAACCUCAAAUGCCAUGGCCAAGUUUAACCACAAUAGCUGCCAACAAACAGUUAAGAUCACCAAAAAAUGGUCAAACGAAUCACAUCAGCAGCUUGCCACCUUCCACCAUGAAUAAUGUUACAUUACAACAAGCAUCCCUGCUGUCCCAACAAGCCAUUGCCACCAUGUUAUCUCUCCAAAACAUGCAACAACAACAUUCCUCAAACUUUGGUUUUGGCAGUAUACUCCCCCCACCACCUACACUUGGCCAUUCUAGCGGAAUUGCAGCCAUUGCCUCAACUACCUCAAAUCCAUUUCAACCUCAUACAAGCACUGUAGGUAACAAACCCUCUUCUACUACCUCUACUAGUAUUGCCUCAGGUACCCCUCGCAACCUCUCUCACUCUCCUACCUCUCAUAAUAAUAAUAAUAAAGAUGAUACUCGUAAAAACCCUCAUGAAAUGCCGCUGGACCUCUCCAUGCCUUUGACGGGUAAAAAAAGAUCUCACGACUCGAUACCGAAGCUGCUUGCUAAGUCUGUAUCACAACAGGAUUCAAAAUACGAUCGGCCGCUGUCGCAUGGAAACACAAAUAAAGAUAAGAAAAAUAAAAAUCCAGUUUCACUAGCCAGCAUACAGAGCAAUUUCCCAAACCUCCUAAAUAACCAAUCUCAAUCGAGAUCUGCACAAAAAGCUGCUCUUGAGGCCCACAUUCAAAACGGACUGGCCAAUGAUGUUAUCCCUGCCGUUAAUGGGCCUUUCACUUCCCUUUAUCAAAAACACGACAACCCAGGACAUAUGAUCCAAGCUGCUUUAGCAGUAGCAGGUAACAAGACGUUAAAUGAAUUGACCCAGGGUAAUGUACCCCCGCUACCAAUUCAACAAUGGAUAUUAGCUGCGGUCUCAGCUCAGAAAAUGCAACAAAUGGCGCUCAACCAAAUCUCUCUUUUUCGACAAUGUCAACAAGCGACCAGUCAACCAGAUCCUCCCAAAAAGCGACAAAAAAUGGACAAUGGUGUUUCUCCUUAUCAACAUUUUGGAUCUUCUCAUGCAGGGAUUAUGCAAACACAAACUGGAAAUACAUACUCUCAACCUCCUCAGAAUCCAAGUCGCCACUCUCCUGCCAAUCCCCACUUCACUCCAAAUCGGCCAAAUAAUUUUUCAUCUUCCAACAAUAGAAGUCCCAAAACCUCAGCUUCCCCUACUCUUUCUCCCGAUUCCACUCAAAGCCAGUCUGGAAAACGCUAUAGGCGUUACGCUAAACCCCCCUAUUCAUACGUAUCCCUCAUCACUCUCUCCAUUCUUUCUUCCCGUGAAAAGAAACUCAGACUCUCUCAGAUUCUGAGAAGGAUAUCUGAGAUGUUUCCAUUUUUUAAUGGGUCCUAUCAAGGCUGGAGAGACUCAGUUAGACACAAUCUUUCACAGAAUGAAUGCUUUGUUAAGGUAUUGAAAAACCCUUAUCGGCCAACAGCAAAAGGAAAUUUCUGGACUGUUAAUCUCAGUUCGAUACCUCACGAACUUUUGCUACGACAAAACACAUUGGUGUCAAGAUAUGCCCAAGAUUCUGGUUAUCGCUAUCGCAAAGAUCUUUCAGAAGUUUUCGAUCUCAGAACAGGAGCUUUGAAGGUAUCUGUCCCUCGUCAUUUACUUCGAGAAUCUGGGGAUUCGAAUAUGUCAGCACUUUCCGAGGAUCCUGCAGCGGUAAUGGAAGCGAUUCUUUUGGAAGAAACGAGUGAGGAUGAAUCUAAUGAUUAUAAGGAUAAAAUCUCACCGGAAGUUCGCCAAUUUACGCUUGAGGAUCUGUUUAAUCAACAAGAGGAUGGAGAGGAAGAUUCUCUAUUAUCAUCUGGAAGAACUAGAGGAAGAUCCAAGCCAGUGUUGCAUCAUGCAUCUCCACCUCAACCACCAACGAUUCUGCCUCAGUCAUUUUCACCUUCACUUUUUCAACCUGGCAACCCAUUUAUGACUCAGACUCGUGACAGUCCUUCGAUGGUUCACGACAUGCAAGCUUCACUUCAGAAUCGUGCUUUAGAUGCACAUGCACAUAGUUUUGCAAAUUUGAGGAUGCUACCACAGUCACUUCUACCAGGAGCAACUCCGCAGAUUCCUUUGGCUUUGUCUAACGAGUCUCAAAAUCCUUUCGCUGCAGCACAAACGGCAUUGCUUAGUAAAGCCCUUGCAGCAACACAAUUUCAAGGUCUUCCGAUGUUUCAAAAAAUGUUCUAUGCGAACCAGAUGCCUCAAAAUGGCGGAGUCACGCCUUUGUCGUCAUACAAUCCACCACUUUCGAAAACCCCAUCGCCCCCGGCAACAAGUAUAAGUCACAUCAGUCCAAUACCAAGAAGGGCAACACCAAGUCCGGCUAGAAACAACAACCAAGACCAAGAGAGCAGACAAAAUACAUUUCCCGAUCCUCCUUCGUCUUUGAAGAAAAAUAAACGCAAAGGCGGGCAACCAGUGCGUUGUACGAAUGAUGACAACAGUCCAAUGGUUUCUGCAGUUGACAGUUCAGUCUCUCCUCAAAUCUCGUUUACACUCCCGGCUUCUACGUCGUUGGCGACCCCUUCGAGGACCUUUUCGAGCGAGGCUGAUUCCAUCGCUACUUCGACCAAUCAAUUCUCGUCCUCAAUAAUGUCGUCAUCCUCGUCGAAAAGUCAGACUUCUACCUCACCUCGUCACGACGAUUCUUCUGAAUUUGAAGAAAAUCGUCAAAAUAUGUAUUCAAUCAAUCGUCACGAAACACAAGCUGCGACUGGAAUCUCUGGAUUUCAAGCGCUCAGAAUGUUUGGUACUCAAUCAUUGUAGAUUGAGAAUACCCACUCGGAAGAAGAAGUCUACUUUCAUAGUUUACUAUAAUACUGGUUGGAGUAUUUACCUGUAUUUGUGCUGAAUUUGAAAGACUUAUUUAUACUGAAUACCUCAUUUUUUGAUUAAUUACACGUCACCUCUCAACAUUUUACGCUGUAAAUAUUUGCCUUUAUAAUUUUUUUUUAAACUCAGGUAUCCUGUUAUUGCUUGUAUAGGCUUCAUUGAUCAUCUUUAGUCACCAUACAGAAGCCAACAUUGCUAAUUGCUGAUAUAAAUAUAUUAUCAUUAAUAUUAUGUGCCUUUUAUGUUUCAGUUUAUUCCCAAAGUGCUCCUUUUGAACAUUAUGUUGCCAAUCUUGAUUUUUCUGGUGCUUUACGAAUCCGAUUUUGGUGCCUUUUUGGAAAGUGUUCCCAAUUAUUUUUUGUUCUCAAGGGGAACAUAACAAUUGUUCGCUUUAACGCAAAUUUACAGUAUUGUACUGUAAAAUUCCUUUUCGGAAAUUAGCAUUGUUUUGCUUAUGUAGCAUAUUGAAUAUUAAUAAUUAAUGGUACUAAUUUUUGUAUAAUCAUAUAUAGGUGCUUUUUAGGCUCUUUCCAUUGUUCCCAAACUUGUAUAUAUUUUCCCUAUAAUACCUACUUUUCAUAUUUUUUUUUGCCAUAUCUCAGUCAGAAUGUGUUUGCUACAAUCGGAAUUUGACACUCUAUAACAAUUCCUAUUAAUAUAAAUGAAUGUCUUCGUAUAUAUAGAAUUUGGUCAGCCCUUAAUUAAUCAGAUUAAAAAAUUCAAAUAUUUUGAGUUGUGCAUACUGUAUAGUGGUCGAGUUUUUUAGCUUUUGAACCCAAGAAAUACUUUUUUUAUGUUUGUAUUUUUGACAUAUUUUUUCAUAACAUGCUAAGAACGUGUCCGCAGACACUUUUCUAACGGGAAAAUGCGUAUUUAAAAUUUUAAUUUAUCAGCUCGCAUCAAUAUCAUAUCCUCCAUCAGGCUCUUACUUACGUCCAUAUAAAUGCUGCUUAUUGCAAAAUACAAUACCUCAAAUGGAUUUUUAAUUUGUUUUUUUUUCUUUUCAUUUUUGUGUUACACUAUAAAGACACAACAUGGCUACCUCAAGUCAAAAAUUUAAAAAUCGAGUGCUGCAAUGCUAAGUCCAUAAACAAAAAACCUCUUUUCACCUAGACACUGUUUUAUUUUGUGGCUAUUGUGUAAUUAACAAAUUUAACUGCUUUAUCAAACAAAAACACAGAUAAAGAUAUAUUACUCUAAUCUAAAUUCAAAAUUUGGCUUAAAAAUUAAAUAUUGCAAUUUCCCCUAUAAUAAUAGAUUUACAAUCCUCGACCAAAUAUAAGCCAUAAAUGAUUUGAUUCCUCCACCAUGCUUGUCCAAAAUUUAAAAUUUUGCGGGAUUUGAACAAAAACAUAUCUGGCUGACAAUGUCACUUUGAUCAAAUAUGAUAAUACCUAUAUUUUUUUUGCCACAAUAAUUAUGAUUUCUUUUCUAUUAUUUUUUAUAUUUAUUUCUACUUUUAACUCUAUAACAACAAUAAUUGUGCCAAUAUCUUCGCCGGGCCAACAAAUACACAUAAGACUUGAUCAUUACACCUCUAUAAUUUUUUGUAUUUUCACAUAACUAUAUUGCUAUUAUUGCAAUAUAGUAUUUUUCGUAAUGGAAUUUAAUAAUAAUAAUAAUACAGACCUCAUUCCUAUUUUCCCUUUCACUGCCAAACAGCGAGUUACCUUUUUGUAUUUUUUUUUUGAAAAAGUAAUGGUUUUUAAUGUUUUAUUUUGUUAUUGAUAACCUCAAUAUUGGACAAUUGCAAAAUUAUACUCAUUUUUGAUUAUUGAAUAAGUUAUGACAAAUCGCAUACAAUUUUAACAGUCUGUCAUUGGUGUUCCACUCUUUGAAGCACCUAGACUCGUAACUCCUAACUUCGCUCAGAGAUCAAUCUCUUGUAUUUCUGAGUGAGUGUGAGUGACUUUGCUCAUGAAAAAAUAGUCUUCCUAUUCGUUAUUUGAGUAAAAAUUCAACAAGCAAAGCAAAGCGAAAAAUUCAAUCGUUUACCCAGAGUAUAUUCUUAUUUUACAAACCAUAUUAUUUGAUGAGGAAUUUCAGUUUUAUGGCAAUUAUUGAGUAUGGAGAUUAAUGUUUCACUUUUCUGAUUUUUCUUUUCAAACUCGUUAAAAAGUGCCUUUUCUUGGAAAUGCAGUAAUCUUUUUUUUGUGUGAAAUAAACUACCUGAAUACUGGCUGAAA